GAAGCUCCCUUUGUGGGUCCUGACUUGGGUCCUUGGUCAACGUGGGAGACGCGAAAAUGUGAAGUUUAUUUUGAACCUGUCUGGAAUUUGUGUCAUAUUCACAUAGUCGUGAAUUUAUAUAAUACAAAAUAACGUCUGUGAGGGUUUCGGUGGAAUCAGCCUUACCAUGAUGCCAGGGGACAGUCAGUCCAAAACGGCAGCAAUUGCCGCGGUUGGAAACUGUAGGAACUGCUCUAUUUUGCACCAGAGCCUGACUGAAUAUGUGUCGUCAUUUCUGGCACUGAAACAGAAGAUACCGCUUUCUGAUGACACAACCAGGCUUCAACAACAGCUAGAAGAGCUGCAGAUCAAAUUGGUUACUCUGGAGAAAAAGACGGCCGAUUAUGAAUCUGUGCAGGCAGAACUGAAGAAUAAGAAGGAUGCCCUCAAGACCUAUGAACAGAUGUCUGUAGAAUUGGAAAAAUUGAAGCACCAGAAUAGCAAGACGAUGGCAGAGAAUAAGACGCUUGAAGACCAGCUAAAAGAUGUGAAAGAACUGACAGAAACACAGUCACUAGAAAAUGCACAGCUGAAGAGGGAAAAGGCCGUAGUAGAAAAUGAUUUGCUGGAAACUCAGACAUUGUUGAAGACAUCUCAGGCACAAGCAGAUCGUGUUGAGAAGUUGAUAGAGGAGAACACCAAGACAACAAGCAUGAAUAAGAAGCUUGAAGAGCAGCUAAAGGAUGUGAGAGAACUGACAGAAACACAGUCACUUGAAAAUGCACAGCUGAAGAGGGAAAAGGCCGUAGUAGAACAGGAUUUGCUGGAAACUCAGACAGCUUUGAAGACAUCUCAGGCAGAAGCAGAUCAAGUUGAAAAGUUGAUAGAGGAGAACGCCACGACAACAAGCAUAAAGGACAACCUCGAAAAGAAAGUUAGACUGCUUGAAGAAUCUGUUUGCAACCAGAAUCAUCAAAUAUCCCAACUGAGCAAAGAAAAGAUCCUGCUAGGGAGAAAUAUCCAUGACCUCCAGGUGAGACUGAUGAAACUGGAAAGAGAAAUGAGUAAAGAAUAUAAGAGCACAUCAACUCAAGCAAGUGUACCUGAGGAGCCUAAAGUUGACAAAGAAAAGUUCCAGAUGCUUCUACAGAGCUUGUGGGCAUGUGUGGAACCUACUCAACCGCAGCAAUCCUCAACAGACCUGUUGCACUUACCUGAGUCCAGGUCAAAGCCAGUUCUACACUCCUCCCCACAAAACAGACUGCGCUCUCAUCUGAGUAACACGUCCCAGUCUGCUCCUCACAAGAGCAGAGAAUCCCACAGUUACCCCAUGCAGACAGGAGACACGUUUACACAGUUAAAAGCCUCUCCUCGCUGGGAGAACGCCAUCAAGCAGCAAGCAUCUCUGACGUCAAUGAAUAGUGCCAAGAAACAAACAGACACUCCCAAAAAAAGAAAACGAUUGUCCAAGGAACACAAAAGUGAGGAGUCAUCUACUGACCUGGGCAGCUUCGAAGUGUCUGUUGAACAGAUAAUGGCAUUGUUCAAACCAAUGCUUGCCUGCAUUUCCCCGCUACCAGAUUUGGACACAGAGAUGGAAUCGAUGGAGGCAACUGAUGGGGAAAAGGAAAACCAUCCCAAAAUCUCUGACUCGGCUCCUUCUCAACAAGAAGCGUCCUUACCCAUCACACCAUCAGAAGAAACAAGCCACUGUCCAAAGACUUCUGCACUACCAACAGAGGUGAAGGCAGAUGUACCAGGGGUCACAACACAGGAAGGGGAACACAAUUCUAAUGAAAAUGAUGCCACAGACUUGGGACAAAUUGAGUUGAGUAGCGUUACUGAAAUGAAGGGCAAAAGCAACACAGAUGCUGAUGAAAUCCAUCUUCAAAAAUACAUGCAGACUGAGCAGGAGCCAGAGGCUGUGAGUUUAGGGUCUGCAUCAUCUUCUUCCACGUCAGACAUAACAAUGUUGGUUGAGGUUGUCUCUGUAACUACUGAAAGUCAAAUGGGAUCCGGCUGUGCAAGUCCCAGUAGCAUUGUCGCUGGUAGCAUCUUUGAAAGGGACAAUGCUUUAGGAAAGGCCAACGAGGAUCAGUCAGAGACUAUUACAAAGAUGGAUGUAGACACAAGCCUGAGUGAUGUUACUGGUGCUGAAACAGUCACUCCUGAUGGUGGAGAGUCACCCAGAAGGAGUGAUACAACCGCACUCUCUGAAGACACAGCAGAUGUACAGUUAGCUACUUCCUCAGUUUCUUCCUCAACAUUCAUUGACUCUGUGAGAGACGCUGAGGUUACAAAUACAGAAAGUGGCUCAGAAAUGGGCAAUCGAGAUGCCGCAGUCUUUAAACCCCAGGAGAAUAAAGGCUGUCUUGGUAAAGACACAAAUGUGCCAGAGUAUACCCCCUGUUUGUCAAGCAGCAGUGAUGACAUCGGUAGUGUCUCCAGUAAACCUUUUGAAGAGAGGCUUGAAAGUGAUGCAACCAUAAAACCUAUUGGGGAGGAAGAUGGGAAUGAAGCACAAGGAGCUGGAGCAGAUGAUGUAGCAGCUUCUCCCUCAGAGUCAAAUGAUGCUGAUAGACCUCCGUGUCCUCUCAAGUCUCCACUGUUGACGAAGGAAGAUGACAAGUCCCAUGCUCACCAGGAAUCUGGUCACGCAAAUCUUGAAACUCCUUCAAAAAAGGAUGUUGACAUGGAGACUUCAGAGAGUGAAAUACCAUCAGACCAUGGACCUUCCCUUUCUGACUCCCAAGAGACUGUUAACUGUGAAUUUGUGAAAGAAAAUCUACAUUCUGUGUGCAGACAGUUGAGUCCUACAUGUCUGUUACCCACUUUAAAAUUGCAGGCUUUGGAAACCCAUGCAAACCCAGAAAGAUUGAAUGUUGGUGUUAACAUUGAACACAGUUCAACAUACGAAGAAACUCUAGAGUCUGUGCCCAGUUUAGAGGGCGAAGGUGUCUUUGAAAAUGCUAAUGUCAAAAACUUGCUUCAGGACAGCAUAGACGCAAGUAACCAUAAAGUGGCCAAAUAUAAUUUACGCUCUGGCAGGUCUACUACCUCAUUGAAGAGUGCUGCUGCCACAAAUAGACAAAAUAAAUGUUUGAAGUUGUCUUCAAGUGUGCUUGAAAAACAAAGCCCACAUGUGAUCAGAGAGAGAAAGCCUAGCCCAGUGGAUGAUUCUACAGCGCAGUCACCAGAAUGCAUCGGCCAAGUUCGCUCUGAAAUGGGCCCUCCACUUCCUCGUGUCCUAACCCCCCUGAGCACACCUCCAAAGGCGGGCAAAUCGAUCAAUCCAAGGCAGGCUAUUGGGAAACUGUCCUUUCUCUCACCCAUGGAUAGAUUGGCUUCACCUACCACUCCUGUCCAGGCCCACUUGACACCCAACAGCCAGCAGCUGAGUUCCUCAUCUCUAAACGGAGUCCCCUCAUCGCCACUUCAGUUUGGCUCGGCCACUCCGAAACAUGCUGUGCCGGUCCCAGGUCGCCUGCCCGUGACGGCAAUGAGUUCGUCUCCGUCGUCUUCCUCCACCCCUGUGUGUCAGGAAAACUCCAUGAGGAUUCUUGACACCAUGUACCCGGAGCUCUCUGCCCACGCCCGGACUCUAAGCAUUCUAAGAGGGAACGUCGGUCUUAGCGUUUGUUCACUGGAGAAUGGAACAUUACCGACAACAACCGAAAGUCAGAUGUCUUCCUUUAAAACGAUCAACUCCGCUUCAACGGCCUUCACCAAGACAGAGAUGAGAGGAGAAAAAAGACAGUGCAUUGGUAUGCCUCAACCUAAAAGCAGCAAAUGUCUCCGGCUAGAUAACUGCUCUUCUGUCAGUCGCAAGCAGGUGCCUUCCUCUUCCUCAAACAGUGGAGAGGAGACCGCCUCACCCCAGACUCCAAGGCUCCAACGGCUAAAAAAUGAGACAGUCUCUCCACCCACGGAAGGUGGAGAACCUGCAGAACAAAAUCUUAUUGCUAACUAUUUAAAGAAGAUUGAACAUCAGUGUUUUGAUCUAUUGCCUGUGAUCCAGAGCCACCUGUAUGUUGGUAACCUGCCCAAAAAGCCUGUCUUAAGAGACGAGGAGAAGGAGGUUAUCUCCGAGAUCUGCCAAAGCAGCUCGCUUAAGGCAGACGAUAUGAUUUUGGCCAUCCUGAACAAGCUGAAAGCAGAGAAAAGUGUUCUCAGCGUUAACUACAUGCAGGCCCUCUGUAGAGUCCACACAGGGAUCUGUAGACAGAAGAGAGACUGGGAGAAGGCUCACAUCUUGGCCCACAGCCUUCUCACACAAGAUUUCCCAGACUCUGCCAAGCUGAUAUUGUUUGUGGUGACAACAUGGCCCAAUGUUCUCUCACACAGUAGUUCUAUGUGCCAGGCAAUACAUACUGUCACCAAACUGAAAGCACAAGAACACCUCCUAAACUGCCUUUCAGCAUUUCUUGGUUGGGAGAAGAGUCCUCCCUGUGACAUUGAUGAUCUGAUCUCCAGAACGUUGUCGGAUAUUCGGUCAGGGUCACGCCUGUCUUUCACUAAACACAGUCGGUAUGGGCAUGACCUGGGGACUGAGGCUUGGCAGCAUGUCUUAACACUGCAACUCCUUUGUGCUCACAAGAAGUGGCAGUGGACCUAUAAUAAUGUUUUGGGCAAGGAGUUGUGGCCAUUAAUGAACACUUGGGUGACACAGCCCAGAGAUCAACAAGGCCCCGUCUCCGAUGUGACCGUCGCCACUGUACUCCGACUCAUAGGACGCCUCGGUCAACUGGGAAUGGAAGAGAAGUGUGUUUCCUCUGUGUUAACUGUCGCCAACAUCAUCAACACGUUGGGUAGGCAUGGACAGACUGAAGGUGUGCCAUGGGAGGUCCAGUUAGCAGCCAUCUACUGCAUCUACGACCUGUCCCCGUGCAACCCCAAGCAAGCCUUGGAUGCCCUGGCAGGAUGGAGAGGAGAGACAUCUCAAAGUGUGCCUCCUGCUAUUACUAGCUGCAUUAAUCAGUUAGCUUCUCUCUGCAGACAGGUCGACCUGCAAAAGACGCACAUGCUGUAGAAAAUCCGCCUGAACAAGCAGGUCGGCCUGUACCUAUUUUAAAGACCGAGUGAAAGGACAUCCCACUAUGCACCUCAAAGUUAAUUUUAACUUGUUGACUGGCGGCCUGUGACAGAGCUGUUUACCAUUUGCGCACAUGAAUAGGUUUUGUGCUCUAAUACAGGGUGUCUGGCGGUUCAUAGUAAGUCUUUAAAUUAAAAUGUGCUGUCAAAGACAGUUUCAGUCAUUUUAGUUUGUUUUUGUAUGUGCACUUCUACUUUAAAAUGAACACAUCAUUUAUAUGUACUCUGGUUUGAUAGCAUUUUUUUUUUUAUUGUUGGAGACAUGUAAAAUUUGGUUUCCUAAAAUGUUAAACUGUCCACACCCAGUAAGGAAUGUUGUGGCAUAUCUCCCUGCCUUUUUCUGCUGGUCUCAGGUAAUGCUCUAAAUAUUGUAGAAUAUGUGCACGUGUUCUGGUUUAACUGUGGCGCUGUUGUAUAUGCUCCUUCAUUCAAGAUUUUGUAAAUAUGAGAUAUUGAUGUUUGUAUGAAUGAAAAUUAAGAUUGCCACAGUAAAUAUGUUGUACAAUUUAAAGUUUCAGAGGUUAUUCUAUUUUCAAAUUAAAAUAUAUUGAACCAAA